UAGGCCUCUUUGAGCCCAGCUCGGUACCGAGCGAAAAUAUGAGCGAGUUUACUGAAGAGUGCGCCCGGCUCCGGCGCUACCAUGAGCUCCCGGUGUGGGUGGUGGAGGAUCAUCAGGAGGUUCUGCCCUUUAUAUACCGGGCCAUUGGCUCAAAGCAUCUUCCUGCAAGUAAUAUAAGUUUUGUGCAUUUUGAUUCACAUCCAGACCUCCUUAUUCCUGUGAAUAUGCCAGCUGACACUGUAUUUGAUAAGGAAACACUUUUCGGAGAAUUAAGUAUCGAGAAUUGGAUUAUACCUGCAGUUUAUGCUGGCCAUUUUUCCCAUGUAAUAUGGCUUCAUCCCACAUGGGCUCAGCAAAUCAGAGAGGGCAGACAUCAUUUUUUAGUAGGCAAAGACACUUCGACCACAACAAUCAGGGUUACAAGUACAGAUCAUUACUUUCUAAGUGAUGGUCUUUAUGUAACUGAAGACCAGCUAGAGAACCAAAAACCUUUACAAUUGGAUGUAAUUAUGGUGAAACCUUAUAAACUCUGUAACAAUCAAGAAGAAAAUGAUGCAGUGUCUUCUGCUAAGAAGCCAAAGCUAGCACUGGAGGACGCAGAGAACACUACCUCUACUAAUGGUGAAUCUUGUUCAGAAGGACUGGAAAAUGACUCAGUGACACAGAGAAGAGACCAAACUUGUCUACAACCAUCAUGUUCAUGUUCUUCUGAAAGCCAAGAAUGCCACACUUCAGUCAGCACUGGAGAAAUCUUGGAAAUUUUGGAGAAAGGGGAUGCAUUUGUUUUAGAUAUUGACUUAGAUUUUUUUUCAGUCAAGAAUCCCUUCAAAGAAAUGUUCACUCAGGAGGAGUACAAAAUCUUACAAGAGCUGUACCAAUUUAAAAAGCCUGGUACCAACCUGACAGAGGAAGAUUUGGUAGAUUGUGUUGAUACUCGAAUUCAUCAAUUAGAAGAUUUAGAAGCUGCUUUUGCCGAUUUGUGUGAUGGUGAUGAUGAAGAAACUGUACAGAAAUGGGCUUCAAAUCCUGGAAUGGAAUCACUAGUUCCACUGGUACAAAGUUUGAAAAAACGGAUGGAAGCGCCGGACUAUGAAAUGGUUCACCAGGCUGGUCUAACCUGUGAUUAUUCAGAACUUCCUCACCAUAUCAGCACAGAACAAGAAAUUGAAUAUCUUAUUCAAUCUGUGUAUUACGUUCUAAAAAAUUUGCCAAAACCUACUGCAGUGACAAUUGCAAGGUCAAGUCUGGAUGAUUACUGUCCUUCUGAGCAAGUUGACACCAUUCAAGAAAAAGUCAUCAGUGUGCUACGCUCCCUCUAUGGGACUUUAGACGUUCACCUGGUUUAUUCAGCAGAGUCCACUUCAUCUUGAAACAUCACAGCGCUAGGCUCCUAUUAACAUCUUGAUGUAGUAACAGGGCUUUCAUUAACUUGUUUGCAAAUGAAUCUUCCAGAGAACACUUUGGUUUUUGUUUUUGUUUUUUUGCGGUACACGGGCCUCUCACUGCUGUGGCCUCUCCGGUUGCGGAGCACAGGCUCUGGACGCGCAGGCUCAGCGGCCAUGGCUCACGGGCCCAGCCGCUCCGCGGCAUGUGGGAUCUUCCCGGACCGGGGCACGAACCCGUGUCCCCUGAAUCGGCAGGCGGACUCUCAACCACUGCGCCACCAGGGAAGCCCCGCUUUGUGUUAAUAUUAACUUUCAUUUAAAAUCUUUCAGGUAUUUUGAAUCUCCAAACAGAUAUCACUAGUUGUUGAAUGACGGCAAUUUUGGGGGGGCCUCAAGUCUACCCCCAGUUGAUGGAACAGAUGCUCAUCUUUCUUCCUGUCCAUCACUGUCGUGUUCACUUUUAUGAGGGUUUUUUUCCUCUUUUCCCCUCUUCCCCUUAGGUUGGUUGGACUGUAUGCAAUUUAUUCAUUUAUUCAUUCACUCACCCAACUGACAUUUUUUUGAGCACGUUCAUGUGCCAGACAUAAUUAAGUUAU